AUGGACAAGGAAUCCUAUGAGCAACUGAAUCGUGUGGUAGGCGAGUUCGAAACGAACUUAAUGAUGUUGGAUAAGCUUGGCGAAAAUACAGAAGGGAUGAGUACCAUUCUGCAGCACAUGGUGUGCCAACGACUAGAACCAAACACCUUGAGAAACUGGGAAAAUCACUACCACUCAACUCAGAUUCCAAGGUACAAGGAUCUUAUCAGUUACCUGAAGGAACAAUGUCUGGUUCUGCGAAGCAUCAGUUCGAAUCGUCCAAGUCAAGGAGAAUCUAAAAAGCUGUUUCGAUCAUCGGUCCUGAGUCACUCGGGAAUUCAACAAGUUGCAGUUUGUCCGUUUUGCGGCGAGCAAGCACAUUCUGCGUUCAAGUGCAACCGAUUUUGCAAGAUGAAGAUUUCGGAGCGAGCGGAGGAGGCAAAACGGAAAUCUCUGUGCCUAAACUGCUUAUCACCUGGUCACAUAGCAAGAUUCUGCACUAAAGGCUCUUGUCACACCUGUGGAAGAAACCAUCACACUCUUCUGCAUUCUGUACCCCCUUCAGUGUCACAGUCAAGACCAGCGCAACAGUCAAGCUCGCAGACAGGUAAGAAAACGCAAGCACCUAAUUCGUCACCACCACAAAACUCAUCGAAACCCCAAGCUAACAACUCAAUAUCACCUCAGCAAAUGAAUGCUUCAAACGAGGCCGCCACUAGCCAAACACGAACAACAUUCGCAAUUUUAUGUCCUACCAAAAGUUACAGCGGAUUUACCGUUGAGCAAACUCGAUAUCAGCAAAUGGACCUUUCCCAAGGAAUAAACCUCGCCGAUCCAGAGUACUACAAUCCCAGCACAGUCGAUAUCAUAAUUGGAGCGGAGAUAUUCUUCGAUCUGCUAGUAGAUGGGCAUUUCAAACUAGCAGAGGGUGGUCCAGUCCUACAGAACACCCAACUAGGAUGGGUCGUUUCUGGAAAGGUCUCUGAAAGUUCCAGAACUACUACUUCACUCACAGCUGUCGCAUGUACAGAAGAAAGAUUGGAUGAUCUGUUGACACGAUUUUGGGAAUUGGAAUCUUGUCACACUACUAGCACAAUGUCGCUAGAGGAAUCGCAAUGUGAAAGAAUUUACAACGAAACAACCACACGAGAUGUUUCAGGAAGGUUUGUGGUAACUCUCCCGAAAAAGCCAUUUCUAAUUGAUCGUCUAGGCGAAUCCCGAUCAAUUGCGCUUCGUCGCUUUACCGCACUAGAGCGACGGUUAGACGCAAAUGCAAAGUUGAAGGAGGAUUACAGCAGUUUCAUACACGAAUAUUUGGAAAUGGGGCACAUGAAGGAAAUUCAAGUAGAUCCUGACGUACCAGAGAUUGCACCGUAUCCGUACUAUUUGCCGCACCACGCCGUAGUUCGACCUGAAAGUACCACCACCAAACUUCGCGUCGUGUUCGACGCUUCUUGCGCAACAAUGUCUGGAGUGUCGCUGAACGAAGCUCUUAUGGUUGGUCCAGUAGUGCAGGAGGAGCUUUUGUCAAUCGUCCUCCGUUUUCGCCUACACAAGUUCGCCAUUGUGGCGGAUAUAGCCAAGAUGUACAGGAUGGUCAACAUCGCUUCAGAGGAUCAACAACUUCAACGAAUACUAUGGAGAGAUUGCUCCUCCGAGACGAUUAGAACCUUCGAAUUAAAUACCCGUUUGGCAGAAGAAGGAGCACAGCAGUAUCCCUUGGCUUCAAGCAUUCUGUCCAAAGACUUUUAUGUGGAUGACAUGCUCACGGGAGCCAAUAGCGUUGAGGAAGGUAUAAUGCUGUAUCAGGAGCUGAGUCAUCUAUUAGAAACAGCGAAAUUCACUUUAAGGAAAUGGAGUUCCAACAGUCCGGAAAUAUUGGCAGCUAUCCCAGAACCGUUGAAGGACGACCGCACAUCCUUGGAACUAGAGCCAUCAAAAGCAACCAUUAAAACCCUGGGACUCUCAUGGGAACCUCGAUCGGACUAUUUUCGGUUCACUGUUCCUCAGUGGAGCGACUCUACUGAGAUUAACAAGCGUAUCAUCCUGUCCGAUUUUGCUCGUUUAUUUGAUCCCCUUGGAUUAGUCGGACCAGUAGUUGUCCAAGCUAAGAUAUUUAUCCAAAAUCUCUGGAAACAGAAAUGUUCUUGGAAUGAAACUCUUGGCGAAGAUCUCCAGCAAUGGUGGCUGGACUUCAGGCACAACUUAGCUGAUCUAUCAACCCUGAAGGUUCCACGGUGGCUCGCUUUCGAUAACAGUAUCGUUUCGUUGGAAAUCCAUGGAUUUUGUGACGCAUCCGAGAAGGCCUAUGGUGCGUGCAUUUAUCUUCGGUGCACUUCAUUCGAUGGCCAGGUCACGGUUAACUUAAUCACGGCCAAAUCUAGAGUGGCACCACUUGAUGAUGUGCAGCGGAAAAGGAAGAAAAUCAGCAUAUCAAGUUGGACUUAUCAUCCGCAGUUCUUCUGA